AUAAUUUAAACACCAUCUUCAAAAAGAUUCAAAGCAUUAUACAAUACUCUCAAGAAUCGCCGUUAUGGCAUCUUCCAAGCAUAGAAACGCAUGCUCCUUCACCACCAUCCUCCUUAUCUGUUUGAACUUGUCACUGUUUGUAAUCUCCGCAGCCUCUUUUGCUCCCACAAUCCUCCUCAAGAUGCCCCCAACCUCCUUCGGCAUGGCGUUCUUCAUGGUCUCUGGCAUCUCAAUUCUCUCAUCCCUUGUGGGGUUCUACUCCCAGCUCACAUACUUAUGCUUCCUCACCCACAUUUCCCUUGUAUUAGCCUCAUUGGUAGGUCAAAUUCUCACCAUAUUUGCCUUGUUUACAAGAGAGAAAGCAAGCCUGUCUCUGCUAAAGUCGCCUCGGGACCCGAAAGAAGCUAAGUUCUUGGUGAGGAUGGAAUGUGGGGCUUUGAUGGCAAUGUGCAUGUUGCAGGUGGUUGUGUUGGUCCUGAGUUGUGCAGUGCAUAGUUGUUGGGUCAAAGACUAUGAGGAGCUGGAAGCAGAGAAGGAAGCCAUGGCUAGGAAGAGGAGCAGAAAGAUGGCAAAAGUGCAAGAGGAAUCCAUGGCCAAUGGAACCAAAAUUGCACAGUGCAAAACCAAGGAGUUGGAUGAGAACAUGAAAAGCAAAAAUGAGCAGUGGGUGAAGACUGAUUUUGAACCCUGAAUGAAGCAUUUUGUUCUGUUUUCUUCCACCUUCUACCUUGUUAGUAGUGCAGAUAUUUGCAUGUUUUCAAAUUCUUAUUUAGUUCCAUGUUGUUUUUAUUCGGGUCACUGCGGUUGUGGCCAUUGCAUGUGUGAGCAUCGAUUUUUCUUGCUUUCAACUUAAUGCAGCUAAGUAAUUGAUUUGUAA